UUUUAAAAAUGUUUGAUUCUUCUGAUGAAUCUAGAGACGAAGAAAUUAGUUUGGCAGAAGCUCGCCGACCAUAUCAAAUAAAUUUAAAUAGUGAUACUGAAUUAAUUAGGAAUAAUACUAGUAAAUGUUGUGGGAGGAGAAAUAAAAGAAAAUCUUUAAUCAAAAUAUUAAUUCCUCGUAUUUUUAUUUUGGUGCUUACAACUGUUUAUGUUUUUAUAAUUGCUGCAACUUUUUAUUCUGUUGAAAAUGAAAAGGAAAGAGAGGAACUUGCCAAAUACGAAGAAUCAAUAAAAAUAAUAAAAAAUAAUUUAAUGGCACAACUACAUAAUUUAUCUCCUCAAAUCCCAAUUGAAAGGCUUUAUCAAGAAACUAAUGAAUUUAGCAAUAAACUUUUAGAAAUUGGACGGAAAAAAGGCAAAAGAGGAAUUUCCUCUUUAAAUAAAGAAAAACAACAAUUAAAUAUUCAACAAAAUUGGACAUUUGUUAAUUCGAUUUUGUUUGCAAUUUCUUUAAUUUCGAGAAUUGGAUAUGGACAUUUGGUCCCAUUAACACCAACAGGAAAAACUUUAAUUUUUCCCUUUGCAAUUUUUGGAAUUCCCCUUUUUAUUUUGCUUGUUGCCGAUUUGGCCAAAACCUUUUCAUUAUUUUUUAAUUGGAUUUGUAGAAUAUCUGCUAAUUGUUGGAGAAAAUUUAGAAAACGGUUAAGUCCUUCUCAAGCAAAAGAAAUUAAAUUGAAUGGAAAGAAUGCUUUGAAAAAAGAAUCUCCUAAAAAUUGUUGUGGUCAAAAAUCACCAAUUGCUACUACUCUCUCCAACAAAAGCGAAAAAGAAACAAUUAAAUCACAAAAUAAUUCUCAACCGGAAAAUGAAUCAAAAAUAUUUUUAUUUUUUCUAUUUUUAUUAAUUUGGAGUAUUUUGUCUUUUAUUUAUUUAUUUUUGGAAAAUUGGAAUAUUUUGGAUUGUUUUUAUUUUGUUUUUGUUACAAUUUGUUCUGUUGGUUUUGGAGAUUUUGCACCCAACACUUUAAUUUCUACAUUUUUUACUAUUUUUAUUAUUAUUCCGAGUUUUGCAUUGUAA